UACAUUAUCCAGAAUGUUGUCCAUGAUAAAAUAAUAUUCAACAGUCCAAUUAUCCAACUAAUUUGAUUACUCUAUUAUCAUUCUUGGCUUGGACAAUGACGAGUAUUAUAAGAUUUGCAUUCCUAGGCGGCGCCCUUUUCAGUGGCAUUGUCGCAUCACCGUCUCCUGAUCUUUCCUGUAUAAUCGACGAUCCUUAUAAGAUCAAGAACACCACUUUCGAUUACAUUGUUGCUGGUGGGGGCUUAACAGGCUUGACAGCUGCUGCAAUUCUCUCCAAAAACCCCAAUAUAAGUGUUCUAGUCAUUGAAGCGGGCUUUUAUGAAUCUGACCACGGCUCACUCAUUGAAGAUGUCAAUGAGUACGGAAAAAUCUUUGGUAGCACAGUCGAUUGGGCAUUCGAAACACUUAAUCAAACAGCGGAUAUUCCUCAGCAAACGAUCAGAUCUGGCAGAGGUCUUGGAGGAUCAACUCUUAUAAAUGGAGCCACUUGGACACGCCCGCACAAGAUCCAAGUGGAUUCAUGGGAGAAAGUUUUUGGAAAUACAGGAUGGAAUUGGAAUAAUUUUUCGACGUAUAUGAAGGUUGCCGAGGACGUUAGAGCACCAAACGAUGCAGAGAUUCGGGCUGGUCACAACUUCAUUUCGGAGUGCCAUGGAAAACAUGGCCCUGUUCAUGUUGGCCCUCGCAAUACUCGAACACAGUAUUCACCAUUGGUAAGUAAAAAUCCCAAGGCUUUAUUAUUUCCUUGAGAAUCUCCAAUGGAAGCUUUCUUGAAUUAUCUCCUCGACACGCUUCCACUUAUCAUAAAUAAUAAUUAUGAUUGGAAUGUAUUAAAUGGACGCGCGUGCCUUAUUAUGGUGAAUGACAGAGCUAAUAGACAAUUUUAUAGAUGACGGCCCUCAUGGAUACUGUUGCUUUGAGUGGUGUCCCAACAAAGAAAGAUUUCAGCUGUGGCAACCCACACGGCGUUUCGAUGUUUCCCAACAGUGUACAUGCCGACCGGAAUCAGACUAGAUCUGAUGCCGGUCGAGAAAUGCUUCUCCCAUCUUGCUCUCGCCCUAAUCUCAAAGUAUUGGUCGGUCAAGUAGUUGGGAAAGUACUCCUCAAUUCCCAGCCUGGGGCAAUUCAAGCACAUGGCGUUCAAUUUGGCACAAACCGACAUUUUAAUUUUGAAGUUUAUGCAAGACAUGAAGUUCUUCUAGCGGCAGGAGCACUAUCAUCACCAUUGAUUCUUGAAUAUUCUGGUAUUGGUAUUAAAAAAGUGCUGGAAAAUGCUAAUGUUAGUCAAGUACUCGAACUGCCAGUCGGCAUAAAUGUACAAGACCAAACAACCACUACCGUCCGGUCCGAGAUAAAUCAUCUUGGCUACGGACAAGGUCAAGCCAUUUACUUCGCCACAUUCAACGAGACCUUUGGCAAAUACUCUUCUUUAGCCCAUAACCUUCUGAAUAAAAACCUGAAGAGAUGGGCUAGAGAGACCGUGGACAAUGGAGGCUUCAACAAUAUUACAGCCCUCAUGAUUCAGUACGAGAACUAUCGCGACUGGCUUAUCAAAGACAACAUUGCGUAUUCCGAGCUCUUCAUGGAUACAGAGGGUGCCAUUAACUUCGACCUCUGGACUCUCAUCCCAUUCACUCGUGGGUUUGUGCACAUCCUUCACAAGGACCCAUACCUCCGCCACGUAAUGACCAACCCACGAUACUUCGGGAAUGAGUUAGACAUCUUGGGCCAAGCUGCUGCUUCAAAGUUAGCGCGUGAUCUUUCGGACGCAGGCAGCAUGGCCAGGUUUUAUGAAAAAGAAGCCAUUCCAGGGGCCACUAAACUAAAACCAGAUGCCAAUCUCCACGAAUGGGUAUCCUACGUCAAGCAGAACUUCCGUCCUAAUUACCAUAAUGUUGGCAGUUGCUCGAUGAUGGCCAGAGAACUGGGUGGGGUGGUGAACCCGCAGGGAAAAGUCUAUGAUGUUCACGGAUUGAGGGUUAUUGAUGCCUCUGUGGUUCCUACGCAAGUGAGCGCACAUAUUAUGACAGUAUUGUAUGGUAUGGCGGUGAAAAUCAGCGCCGACAUUAUGGUGGACUAUCAUGUGAAGAUGGAGAAGAGUAUGUUAGAGACGGCAAAGCUUGAAUUGAAAUAAGCAUACUGCCGCUAUCCAUAGCUUGUCGUUUCGAUUAGUAAUAAGAUAAAAAAUGAUUAGCUUGGAAGUCCGAACGGGAGUGGAAAAUGCUGCGCUGGAGCAGGA